AUGUUUGGCCGAAUUGGAGGACAGGCGCUUCGUCGUGCUGUGCGUCGCCCAGUCGCACGCCCCAGAAUAUAUGCUCGCAACUUUUCUGCGCAGUCUGGUACCAGUGCUACCACUGCUGCGUCCGCUCUUUCACCACUAGCAGGAAUCACCUCCGAGCUAGACCGCAUUGCUCCCCGAUUUGAGGUGCCUGCGUCGCAGAUCACUAUUAUUGAAUCUCCAGCAAGCUUCUACUCCACAUUGAAGGAUAAAAUCCUCAAAGCCCGGAGGCGUGUUUACCUCUCUACCUUAUACAUCGGCAAGACGGAAUUCGACCUGAUCGAUACAUUAAGCCAGGCUCUUCGCGAUAACCCGGAUCUGAAAGUUUCGGUCCUUACGGAUGCUCUGCGCGGCACACGAGAGACCCCCAAUCCUUCAUGCGCAUCACUCCUCUGUUCAUUAGUUGAGAAGUAUGGACCGGAACGGGUUGAGGUUCGGAUGUUCCAUACUCCCAAUUUGACUGGCCUGAGAAAGCAAUGGAUUCCUCGUCGAAUCAACGAGGGCUGGGGCUUACAGCAUAUGAAGCUAUAUGGAAUCGACGACGAGAUUAUUCUCUCAGGCGCGAACCUGUCUGAGGAAUACUUCACUAGUCGCUUGGAUCGGUACCAUGUCUUUGCCUCCAAGGCGCUGACUGAAUACUACGCUCAAAUCCACCAUGCAAUCUGCAGUUUGAGUUUCCAAGUUCUGCCAGACCCUGAGAAUGAGUCCUACCUUUUGGAUUGGCCUAGCUCAAACGGGGCACCCUCGCCUCUGGAAAGUCCCGAGGAUUUCGUCGCUUAUUCGUCGAUUUUCCUGAAUCCGCUCAUUCAGGCAUCUGACAAUAAACCUGCUGAUCCAUCCGAAUCCAGCCAAACCUUUGUAUACCCCGUUUCACAGUUCACUCCACUCUUGAAACCCGAAGACACCUCUACCGAAUACCUUGCCGUGACUACGAUUCUGCGUAUGUUAUCCAGCUCGUCCGCAUUUGCAGGUGCCCGCUGGCUCUUCACGGCAGGAUACUUCAAUAUCCACCCCGUCCUUUCCUCCCUCUUGAUCUCCAGUACAUCAGCCGCCCAGCAUAACCCUUCUACCACGCAAGGCACUGUCCUGACAGCCUCUCCAUGGGCCAAUGGAUUUUAUGGCUCUCCGGGAAUCUCAGGCAUGCUCCCAGCCGCCUACACGCACCUCGCAGCACGAUUCCUCGAUCGUGUCGCCGAGGCGCAGGCUACCAAUUCCAUUCAGCUCAAGGAAUGGCGCAAGGGCACUGUUGGCACGCCAGGCGGUUGGACCUACCACGCCAAGGGCCUUUGGGUCACCUUGCCUAACGAGGAGCAUCCCAGCCUUACGUUCGUUGGUAGCAGCAACUACACAAAACGCAGCUACAGCCUUGACAUUGAAAUAGGCGCUCUAGUUGUGACGAACGACCCGGAUCUCAAGCAGAAGCUGGGUGAGGAGACGGAGCGACUUCAGAAGGACGCCAGCCCCGUCUCGAGGGAGGACCUGAGACAAACGGAGAGACGGGUGGGGUGGAACGUGAGGCUCUCCAUGUGGAUCGUGGAGAAGGUCGGCGGUGCUUUUUAA